AUGGCUCCUACUACUUUCAAGCUCAACACUGGCCAGGAAAUUCCUGCUGUUGGUCUAGGAACUUGGCAAUCCCCUGCUGGUCAGGUUGAGAAGGCCGUCACAUAUGCCCUCAAGGAUGGUUACAAGAUGAUCGAUUGCGCCUACUGCUACGGCAACGAGGAGGAGGUUGGUGCUGGUCUCAAGGCUGCCUUCGAGGCGGGUGUUAAGCGUGAAGAUAUCUUUGUUGUUACCAAGGUCUGGGCCACAUAUAACACUCGUCCCGAGCAGGGUCUCGACAGGAGCUUGAAGGCCCUUGGACUCGACUACGUUGAUCUUUUCCUUGUGCACUGGCCUCUUCUCCUCAACCCCGACGGCAACGACGACAAGUUCCCUAAGAAGGCCGACGGCUCUCGAGAUGUCAUCCGUGACUACAACCAUGUUGAUGGCUGGAAGCUAAUGGAGAAGCUUCCCGCAACUGGCAAGACUAGGGGCGUCGGUGUCUGCAACUACAGCAAGAAGUACCUCGAGGAGCUUCUGCCUCACGCCACCAUCAUUCCCGCCGUUAACCAGAUCGAGAACCACCCCGAACUUCCCCAACAGGAGAUCGUCGACUUCUGCAAGGAGAAGGGUAUCCAUAUUGAGGCCUACAGCCCCCUGGGUAGCACCGGUGGCCCCGUCAUGACCGCUGCGCCUGUCGUCAAGAUUGCUGAGAAGAGAGGUGUCUCUGCCUCUACCGUCCUCCUCAGCUACCAUGUCGCUCGUGGUAGCACCGUGCUCGCUAAGUCAGUCACCCCUGAGCGCAUCACUGCCAACAAGACCAUCAUCGACCUCGACGACGAGGAUGUCAAGGCUUUGAACGACUACUCUGCUGAGCUCCAAAACAAGGGUGAAUUGAAGCGAUAUGUCUAUCCUCCUUUCGGCAUCGACUUUGGUUUCCCCGACAAGUCGUGA